AUUCCCCAAGAGCUGUGGAGAUUACGAAGAGCCUGGCAGAAAUGAUUGUGAAGGACCUGCAACCUGUUUCUCUGGUGGAGGAUGAUGGCUUUAGGAAUUUCGUGAGAACACUUGACCCACGAUACAAAAUUCCAAGUAGAAAAACUAUGAUGCAAGGGAAACUACCAGUUCUUUAUGACGACUGCUGCACUAAGGUCAGAAAGGCACUGCAUGGUGUAGAAAAUGUGCUUACAACUGACAUGUGGACAUCAAGAGCCACAGAGGCAUAUUUAACUGUCUCAUGCCACAUCAUAGAUGAAACAUGGCAAAUGCCGGGAUGCGUGCUAGAAACAUGCUCUGUUUCUGGAGGACACACUGCAGACAGUAUUUGUUCAAUUUUAACCAGAAUUGCAGAGGAAUGGGGCAUAACAACCAAGAUUCUGGCAGUAAUAACAGAUAAUGGUGCCAACAUGGUUGCUGCUGUGCGCAAAGCAGGAUGGGCGCACUAUCCAUGUUUUGCACACACUUUAAAUUUGGUGGUAAAAGAUUCUUUCAAGUCUCAACCUGAGUUGCUUGAGAUUCAACAGAAAAGCAGUGCUAUUGUUGCUUUCUUUCACCAUAGCACCAAAGCUGCAGACAAGCUUAAAGACAUUCAAAAGCAGCAGAGCUUCCCUGAACAUAAGCUUAUUCAAGCAAUUGAGACAAGGUGGAACUCUGUGUUCUAUAUGUGGGAGAGGCUGUCUGAGCAAAGGGAGGCAGUUACCACAGCCCUAUGUCUCCUUGGAAAGAGCUCACUUUGCUUAAGUGAGGAAGAAUGGUCUGUGAUCCGUUUCUCCAUUGAUGCACUGAGACCAUUUGAGGAAGCAACCAGAGACAUAUCUACUGAAAAACAUGUUUCAGUUUCUAAGGUGAUUCCCCUGGUGUCCCUGCUUCUCAAAAGCACUGCAAACUCUGAACGGCAAGGUAGCAAGCUAGCUGCUGAGCUGUCAGCACAAUGUCUUCGUCGUUUCAGGGCUAUAGAAACAUUUUAUGGUCUUGCUGUCAGCACCUACCUAGAUAUUAGAUUUAAAAAUCUGGCAUUUCGUGACUCUUCAAAUGUUGAGCCUGUAAAAGCUCGACUUGUCACUGAAAUGAGUCAGACUUCAGCACCUUCAACAUCUAGAUUGAGCUCCAGUUCUGCACCAGCUCAUGCAAAUACCUCAGGCUCAUCUACAGGGGCUGCUGCAUGCCCACCUGAAGCAAAAGGUGGGAUAUGGACAGAUUUUGAUUCUCAAGUCCUUGCAUCUCAGCAACAACAGACAACUGCCACUGAUGUACUAAUUGAAAUGCGCAGAUACACAGAAGAGAAGCUUCUUAGACUAUUUCUUUAA